GCAGCCUCCAAAGCCACUCCCAAACCCCCGCUUCCAGAACCUUCUCGAAGCUCCCCGCCGCCUCCUCCACUCGCACCGAUGGCGAAGGAACCAAUGCGCGUGCUCGUCACUGGCGCCGCAGGACAAAUUGGAUAUGCCCUGGUUCCCAUGAUUGCUAGGGGUGUUAUGCUUGGUGCAGACCAGCCUGUUAUUCUGCACAUGCUUGACAUUCCGCCAGCAGCUGAAGCCCUUAAUGGUGUUAAGAUGGAGUUGGUUGAUGCUGCGUUUCCUCUUCUGAAGGGAGUUGUUGCUACAACUGAUGUUGUGGAAGCCUGCACUGGGGUCAAUGUGGCCGUCAUGGUUGGUGGAUUCCCCAGGAAGGAGGGAAUGGAAAGGAAAGAUGUUAUGUCGAAAAAUGUUUCAAUCUACAAAUCCCAAGCAUCUGCCCUUGAAGCCCAUGCAGCUCCCAACUGCAAGGUUCUGGUGGUUGCCAACCCAGCAAACACCAAUGCUCUUAUCUUGAAAGAAUUUGCUCCAUCUAUUCCAGAGAAGAACGUUACUUGCCUGACCCGUCUGGACCACAACAGGGCUCUUGGCCAGAUUUCUGAGAGACUUAAUGUCCAAGUUAGUGAUGUGAAGAAUGUUAUCAUCUGGGGUAACCACUCGUCCUCUCAGUACCCUGAUGUUAACCAUGCCACAGUGAAGACUUCCACUGGGGAGAAGCCUGUUCGUGAGCUUGUCUCUGAUGACGAGUGGCUUAAUGGUGAAUUCAUCACAACUGUCCAACAGCGUGGUGCUGCAAUCAUUAAAGCGAGAAAGUUCUCCAGUGCUCUCUCGGCUGCUAGCUCUGCUUGUGACCACAUUCGUGAUUGGGUUCUUGGAACACCUGAGGGUACAUUUGUUUCCAUGGGUGUGUACUCUGAUGGUUCAUACGGUGUUCCUUCUGGACUCAUUUAUUCAUUCCCAGUAACAUGCAGUGGUGGUGAAUGGAAAAUCGUUCAAGGCCUCCCGAUUGAUGAGUUCUCAAGGAAGAAGAUGGAUGCCACUGCCCAAGAGCUGACGGAGGAGAAGACGCUUGCUUACUCAUGCCUCGAGUAAAUUCUACCACACCCAGAGAGCAAUUGCCACCCCAAUGUUUUGAAUAAAAAAAGAAACUCCAACUCGAUUCAUAGAUUCUCACUCAGAACUGCUGCACGUCGCAGUGCAGGCGUGUUGCUGGCUUCGCCCAGCUUCUUUUUUUGCCUGUGAUUUGCACGACAUUUAUAUUUAUUGAAAUCUUGCAG